UGAAAUUGACAUUUUUCCGUUUUUUUUAGCGAACGGAAUACGUAAAAUAUGCAAAAGUUUUCCCAUUGGCCACAAUGUUUGGUUUCAAGGUACCAUCCAAGUGGUAUCGGCGUACAGUUGGCGUACUGGAGAUAACCUGUGGACUGGCUAUGGCACUCAUUCCAUAUCAUAAAAUAAAAAAUGCUGCCAAUAUAAUACUACUAUUGUUGAUGAUUUUGGGCGUCUAUCAGCAUUGGAUGGUUAGCGAUCCAUUUGAGCGAUCUGGACCUGCGCUUGUGUUCACAUUCAUGCUCGGUGGACGUUUAGUAGUUUGGUAUCAGACAAGUCGAAAAGAUGCUGAACUGGCCGCUGCCGCUCAAUCACAAGCUAAUGGCGUGAAGCAGGACUAAAAGAAGAACUUGAAAACAUAAAAAAUACUUACAAGAAAUUUAAAAUCAAUAAAUUUUAAUCAUACAUACAUACAUAUUUAAGAUAACAACAUAAACCAAAAAGCAAUUUCUCGCACAUUAAUACAUAAGACUAGGGUGCAAUCUAGCACAUAAAUGCAAUCAGAUUCAAUUACAUACUACAUGCAUAUACAUAUACAUAAAAGGAUAAAUAACAUACACAUUAUUUAUUUAUCCUAUUGUGUCAUAAAAAAACUUCUCACAUUUGAAACUUCUUGUUUAAACAACAAAACGGUCUUUAUGUUAUGUGCCAAAUUAUUUUCUUUCCUUUUCUAUUUUAAACAUAAUCUUACUGUAAAUCCCAAAUAAACAGUAGUCCUUGAAUGGUGUUCAAUGCAAACUUAAUGAAAACACACUACAUAGAUAAUUCAACCCAUAAUUAAUGUGUAGGAUUUUAAUCGAAUGCAUCCCCCGAAUACGAGAUGAAAAUAUUCAAACCCAUAUUUAAAUGUAUAUUAGUUUUCGCAACAUCAUUUACGACUAAGUAGAAAUUGGAUAUGGAACUUGUUUUCUUUUAUAAUACAAUCCGCACGCAAUUUUAAUAAAAAGGUUCAAAACAA